ACGCAGAGAUUGAGCUGAAAUCUCGCGCACACUGACUGAGAGACGGCCAUUUUUAGCGCUCAUUGAUUUGCUGUUUGUGUUUUGCAGUUAAAAAGAUAGAAAGAAAGAAAGAUAGAGGGUAGAAAAGAAAGUGUCCGCGAUUACUUCGAGAACAAGUUUGUAAGCGGACAUUUUGGCGUCAGGAUCCGGCUGGAUUUGGGCCCCGAGCGCGAAUGAUGUUCAUCCGAAAGGCUUCAGAGAGUCGCUGUUGACAUCAGAGCCGCGGGGUUGAUGUGCGUUUAACAGCCGCCCGAAUGGAAAUGGUGCCCAGCGAGGAAAACCAGCUCGUACCCAAAGAGGGUAUGUUUUGGAGUUGCAGGCAGAGUAUUUUGGAGGAGAUGAAGAAGAGGUUCUCGCAGAUCGAGAACGCUGCCGAGGAACCCCGAGUGCUGUGUAUUGUCCAGGACACCACCAACGCCAAGACCGUCAACGAGAGACUGACGCUCAACCUCCCGGCUUCCACCACCCUCCUGAAGCUCUACGAAGACGUCGCUCACAAAGCCGGCUACGUGAAUGGCACCUUUGAGCUGGCAUGGGCCAACGUGGUGGAUUUGGCUCCUCUGGACCAGGCCAGUGAGAUGUCUCUGGUGGAGUCUGGGUUCGAGCCGGGGAAGAGGAACUUCCUUCAACUCAUGGACAAGGAUGGCGAGCAGCCUCAGAUAGCUUCUGAUGAGUCCGGCACGGCGGACAGCAGCGGGCUGGACGACAGUUCUCAGGACCGCUUCAUCGGUCCCUUGUCCCGUGAUGGUACGGUGGGCUGUAGCAGUGACUACAGCAGCCCCAGCUACUCCUACUCCUCCAUUCUCAACAAGUCUGAGACAGGAUAUGUGGGUUUGGUCAACCAGGCCAUGACUUGCUACCUGAACAGUUUACUGCAGACGCUGUUCAUGACGCCAGAGUUUAGAAAUGCUCUCUACAAUUGGGAGUUUGAGGAGUCCGAGGAAGGUCCUGUCACUAGCAUCCCCUACCAGCUGCAGAGGCUGUUUGUGCUACUGCAGACCAGCAAGAAACGAUCCAUAGAGACCACAGACGUGACGCGCAGCUUUGGCUGGGACAGCAGUGAAGCCUGGCAACAGCACGACGUCCAGGAGCUUUGUCGGGUCAUGUUCGACGCCUUGGAGCAGAAGUGGAAACAGACAGAGCAGGCUGACCUUAUAAAUCAGCUGUACCAGGGAAAACUGAAGGACUAUGUGCGCUGUCUGGAGUGCGGCAACGAAAGCUGGAGGAUCGAUACAUACCUGGAUAUCCCGUUGGUCAUCAGGCCUUUCGGAGCCAGCCAGGCCUUUGGCAGCGUGGAGGAAGCACUGCAGGCCUUCAUCCAGCCUGAAACUUUGGACGGGCCCAACCAGUAUUUCUGCGAGCGCUGCAAGAAGAAAUGCGAUGCACGCAAGGGUCUGCGGUUUCUGCACUUUCCCUACCUGCUGACGUUGCAGCUGAAACGUUUUGACUUUGACUACACCACUAUGCACCGAAUCAAGCUCAACGACCGCAUGACCUUCCCCGAGGAGCUCGACAUGAGCCCCUUUAUUGACCUCGAGGACGAGAAAUCCCCUCAGACAGAGAGCUGCACUGACAGUGGGGCGGAGAACGAAGGCAGUUGCCACAGUGACCAGAUGAGCAACGACUUCUCCACGGAUGAUGGUGUUGACGAGGGCAUCUGCCUGGACAGUACCAGUGCUGCCGAGAGGGUGCUUAAGCCAAAGAGCUCACUGACCUAUGAACUGUUCUCGGUAAUGGUGCAUUCUGGGAGUGCCGCAGGUGGACACUACUACGCCUGCAUCAAGUCCUUUAGCGAUGGCCAGUGGUACAGCUUCAACGACCAGCACGUCAGCAAGAUCACACAGGAUGACAUCAGAAAGACGUACGGUGGUUCCUCAGGGAGCAGAGGCUAUUACUCCAGUGCCUUUGCCAGCUCCACAAACGCAUACAUGCUCAUAUAUAGACUGAAAGAUUCCUCAAGGAAUGCAAAGUAUCUCGACGCUGAAGACUUCCCAGAGCACAUAAAGCGUCUCGUUCAGAGGGAGCGAGAGUCCGAGGAGCAGGAGAAAAGACAACGAGAGAUCGAGCGCAACACCUGCAAAAUCAAGCUGUUCUGCAUGCAUCCUGUCAAGAUGAUGAUGAUGAUGGAGAACAAGCUGGAGGUUCACAAGGACAAAACACUCCGAGAGGCCACAGAAAUAGCGUACAAGCUGAUGGAGCUUGAGGGCGUAGUUCCUCUGGACUGCUGUCGCUUGGUGAAGUACGAUGAAUUUCAUGAAUAUCUGGAGCGCUCAUAUGAGGGGGAGGAGGACAUGCCCAUGGGGCUGCUUCUUGGCGGGGUUAAAUCCUCCUACAUGUUCGAUUUGCUACUAGAGACCCGUCGACCCGACCAAGUGUUCCAGCCUUAUAAACCUGGAGAGGUGAUGGUGAAGGUCCACGUGGUGGAUCUGAAGAGCGAGACCAUCGGCGCUCCCGUCAGCGUCAGGGCAUACCUGAACCAAACCAUUACGGAGUUCAAGCAACUCAUCGCACAAGCCACCGGGCUUCCCGCAGAAACCAUGCGAGUCGUCCUGGAGCGUUGCUAUAACGACCUCCGGCUUCUCUACGUGCCCAACAAGACACUGAAGGCUGAGGGUUUCUUCAGGAGUAACAAGGUUUUCGUGGAGAGCUCCGACUCUGAGGACCACCAGGCGGCGUUCACCGACUCUCUCCUGUGGAAGCUUCUGGACCGUCACGGCAACACAAUCAGACUGUUUGUUUCGCUCCCGGAGCAGUCCCCAGGCUCCAUAGCCCACAGAACUAGUUGCCCCAAAGUGAGCGCUGACUCUGAGGACUCGUUCGAGGGGGGUAAAUGCAGCGGGCAUUGCGUCGAGGCCAUACUGGAAGAGAGCACGGAGAAGUUAAAGAACCUUUCCCUCCAACAGCAGAAGCAGAAGCAAACCUCCAGCACCAGCGAGAGCCAGAAGAGUUCAGACCACAGCGAUUUCGAGCACCUCGAUUUCCCUCAGCCCGAGAACCAGCUGGCUUCGGAGGAACGCUCAGACUCUGACGCCAACAACGACCGCAGCACUAGCUCCGUGGACUCGGACAUCCUGAGCUCGAGCCAUAGCAGUGACACGCUGUGUAACGCUGACGGCACGCCUCUGCCUCUGGCCAACGGCCUCGACUCGCACAGCAUCACCAGCAGCCGCCGAUCCAAAGCCCACGAGGGCAAGAAGGAGACGUGGGACACGGCCGAGGAGGACUCGGGCACGGACAGCGAAUACGACGAGAACGGCAAGAGUAAAACGCAGACGCAUUACCUGUACUUCAGAGCAGAACCAUAUUCACAGGAGGGUGCUGCCGGGGAUGGACAGAAAGGUUUACUUGUCCAUGUUGAUAAAAGGAUCACACUGGCAUUGUUCAAGCAGAACCUGGAGCCGUUCGUCGGAGUCCCCUCUACUCAGUUCAAGGUCUUCCGGGUCUACGCCAACAACCAGGAGUUUGAGAGCGUGCGACUCAACGAGACUCUUUCUUCUUUUUCAGAUGACAACAAGAUCACCAUUCGGUUCGGACGAGCCCUAAAGAAAGGAGAAUACAGGGUAAAGGUGUACCAGCUGUUAGUCAAUGAAUCCGAGCCUUGUAGAUUCCUGUUGGAUACAGUGUUCGCUAAGGGCAUGACAGUGAGGCAGUCUAAAGAGGAGCUACUGCCCCAGCUCCGAGACCAGUGCAAACUGGACCUUAGCAUAGACAGGUUUCGACUCCGGAAGAAGACAUGGAAAAACCCUGGCACCGUGUUUCUGGAGUAUCACGUUUAUGAGGAGGACAUCAAUAUCUCGAGUAACUGGGAAGUCUUCCUUGAAGUUCUUGACGAACCGGAGCGGAUGAAGUCCAUGUCUCAGCUGGCGGUGCUGACACGACGCUGGUUUCCGGCUCAGAUGAAGCUGGAGCCCUUUCGUGAGGUGGUGCUAGAGAGCAGCAGUGUGGACGAACUCAAGGAAAAGCUCAGUGAAAUGAGUGAGAUUCCUCUCGAGAACCUGGAGUUCGCCAAGGGACGAGGAACAUUUCCUUGUGACAUAUCUGUGUUGGAGAUCCAUCAGGACUUAGACUGGAAUCCUAAGGUUUCCACACUCAACGUCUGGCCCCUGUACAUCUGCGACGAUGGUGCGGUGGUGUUUUACAGAGAUAGCACUGAGGAGAUCAUGGAGCUCUCAGAAGAAGAGCGCAACGAACUGAUGAAGAAGGAGAGCAGCCGGCUGCUGAAGACGGGCCACCGGGUCAGUUAUUCUCCCCGCAAAGAGAAAGCUCUCAAGAUCUACUUAGACGGAGGGCCUUCUAAAGACCCGGGCCAGGACUGAGAGUGGCCCCACCACACCCCGAUACACUUUUGUUUUUUUGUUUUUUUUUUUGUUUUUGUUUCUGUUUUUGUUUUAAAUAGCUGGCCUGUCUGCUGCAGUGUAGCGCUGCCUCACCAGGGGCCCUUGAUGGCGUCGAAGCCCACGUCCGAUCUGACGCCACCGGUGCCGAACAGCCAGCACUGUCUUCUCCGAGCUCUGUGGGGAGCUUGUGUACGAGGCUCAGAAUUUCUACUGUGCACUAUAGUUUCUCAUAAAGUUUAAAGGGAAGUGUUUCAAACGAACGGACACCCAGUAUCAUCCAGACAAAUCAAUCUUGAAAGAGACGGUGAUGCGCUUGUGGAAUAGAGAGGACUAUUUGUAUCUCUUUCUCUGGCUGUAUCAGGUUUUUUUGUUUUGUUUGUUUCUUUCCCUCCAAUUACUGUUCAUUAAUCACUGAUUCUUUGAUUGAGUAGUGAUCUCGUCCAACAAGCACAUGUCCAUGAUCCAAGUUUUGCUUGGUUGAGAUACACGAUGAGCCCCACAUCUCUAAUACGAACAUAAUCAUGCUCUGCUAACUUCAGGUGUAUUCUAGUCGUUCUCAGAAUACUGGGUCCUCUGCUCUUGGUCGAGUAAUUAAUUAAAUGCUUCUGUCCUGGACGAAGAGGCUCCACCCUGGCCUUUUCCCGAGAGUGCUUCCCCGCACGUGUGGGUGUGAUGAUGGCUGAUGCUCUGUGCCACCCUGCUGACUGCUAAAGCUCCUCCCAUUGCAGAGGGAACUCUGCCUCUUGAUCUCUUACAACUCCUCCUACUUCUCCCUCUCGGGUACUCACACUGGUACAUUUUUAGUCUGCCUUUAAGACUAGGGUAAUACAAAUCAAGUAGAGCUUUAUAUUUACCUGUUCCCCCCACCCCAUGUCGUCCUUGUAAAUUAUUUUCACCCCAGACUUGAUUAUAAUGAUCAUGUGAGUAACUGGCACACAUUUUAAUUGUUUUUCUCUGUAACCCAGUUUUCUUUUUGGUCCUGUUUUUAAUUCUGCAUAACAUGAGCGGAGCCUGUGUGUGUUCGAGCCUGGUCUCUGCGUGUGUGUGUGUGUGUGUGUGUGUGUGUGUGUGUGUGUGCGUGCGUGCGUGCGCGCUCUCUGUGUGAUGCUACUUGCUGCUGGUUUUUUUUCCCCCCCCUCUCCCUUGUUUUUUUUUUUUUCUUUUUUUUUUUUUUUUUUUUUUUUGCAUAGCCAGAGAGCAAAAGCUCUAAAGCAGGGCUGCUGGAUGCAACUGGCUAGUUUAUUGCAAGGUUUAGUAGAUGUGUCGGAACAGGAAAACCACUGGACUGUGCUGUGGCGUUUGGCGACCCUGAUUUAGAGCCACACUGGAGGAGCAGCGCUCUGGCUCACAGCAUCACUGAACUAAGCCGAACCACCGUGGGUUCCCUGGGCUCCUAACUCUGCCACAAGCUGUUCACUGUAGACUUGCCAAUAUGGAAAUAAAAAAAAAAUCAGUUUC